AUGACACCUCCAAGAGCAUUGAUUCAACAAAGUGUGGAGCAUGCUAAAACAAAGAACAAGAAGGAGAGGAGGGAUAGGACUGUACCGACCAAGAGGGAGAUAGAUAAUCUAGAAUCAAAUGCUGCUCGAAAACUUCAACUAGAAUAUCAUAGUACAUUGGGCGAUCCAAUAGCAGAGUUUGAAAGACUCCUUCAUUCUGCUGCUCCACUUAUCACUUCCUCUUGUACAAAUAAAAAUCAGCAGUUAGAUAGUUCUCUUCAUCAGACUCAGUUACCAAGAAUAUCACUUCAGGAUGUUUGGAAGUGGUAUGAAACACCUGGGAGUUAUGGGUUAGAAGUCAAGGCAGGAGAUUCUCCAAAUAUUAAUGGUUUUCUUUCUGAAUCGACACCAUUCUGUGCAUAUUUUGUUCCUUACCUGUCAGCUGUUCAAUUUUUUGUUUACCCACAUCUCUCAGAUGUUUGUGGGAAGGAUAAAGAGGACACCAAUCCUGAACUCGUAUUUGAAUUCUUUGAAUCUGAGCUUCCACACGAUCGAAAGCCUCUUCAUUUAAAAAUCAGGGACCUCAUCAGUAUCAACACUUCUAACCUUCAAGUGUUCGGUGAUCCAUCAAAGCUAGAAUCUAUGAACCUGCAUGAUCUACACCCUUCAUCUUGGUUUUCAGUUGCUUGGUACCCUAUAUAUCGAAUUCCAGAGGGCGAGUUUCACGCAGCAUUCUUGACAUACCAUUCAUUUAAUCAAUUAAUUGUACGUAGCACUCCAAUUGAUUCGCUCAGUAAGACGUUUCAGAUGAUUGCCUUCCCAGUUAUAGGAUUGCAAAGCUACAGGACAAAGGGUGAGCGCUGGUUUGAUCUCAGAACUCAUGUUGAGUCUUCAUCAGAAGAAACUACUUCUAAAACUUCUGAAAUUCUCAUAGAAAGAAGCAGAGCACUGGAGGAAAGAUGCAGAACACUGAAGAAAAAUGCCUUGCUUCUCUCUACAAGAAGUGUUACAACAGAUCAAGUCAACAGAGUUAAUUACCAUCGAGAUUAUCAGUUCUUCAUUAGUAGGGAACGCUAG